AUGGACACGAGUUUCCAUACUAUGGACAACAGCGCGAGUGUAAGGCUGGCACCUGGACUGGUAUACCAGCGCGAUGUGGUCGGUUAUAUAUUAUUGACCGAGGUGAUUAAACUGGAUAUCUAUGAUUGCAAUCCACUUAACCGGACGCACCUUAUUUCCCAAAACAUCACAAUGGAUAGCACCGGCACUCCCCUACACUCCAACUCAUUUCAUAUGAUACGUGUGGCAGAGGACACACAUUUAGGCGCCGAUAACCACUCGUGCUAUACAUGGCACCUACACCUCAAUGAGUCAGUUAACGUGUGGUUUAUAUUAGUGGACAUCUUCUAUAAAUUUUCCAACCACUCAAUAAUACCGGUGCUUCCAGUGAUUACGCCCAUUAUUAAUAAAUAUAGGCAUUGCAAAUUAUUAUAUACCAGUCCCACAGGGCUAUCCUAUUAUAAUGAUUCCUUAAAUGGCUAUUAUUAUGCCUGCGAUCUAAUCAGUGAUAUAUCAAUGAGCGAUGAUAUGGUGGAUAUGAUUAAAGUGGUCAUUAAUAUACCGAAUAGUUUAAAGGCAACUGUUUGGUUGGAAGGCCUAUACCUUGGUGGUAUUUAUAAGCACCAAGGUAGUAAUAAUCAUCGACCAGAUUGUGGUGAUAUGCCGGUGGAGAAAAUCGGUGUAAAUAUAACGGUUAAUAGUCAGUCAAAUGAUGUGUCCUGUAAUAACUCGUACGAUAUGUUUGAUAAGUAUGGCAAUCGUAAGGUGACACCAGCUAGGUUUGAAUGCAAUCGCAAUGGUGUGUGGGUGGGCGAGUGGCCGGCAGUUGGGUGCUAUACAAAUGUAGACAUGAUCAUUCAUUACCAGUGGGCAGUGCAAUAA